UCAUGAGUCCCGCGUUGCCAUAGUAGGAUGUGCGAAUGCGUUGGGUUUUAAUUAAAUAAGAGUCGGUGAGCUGGGAUAGGCUGGGAGUUCUCUCGGUCCAGACUGCAGGAAAUCCGACGUGGACUAUAAACCCGCAGAAACGGAGAGACAAACAAGCGAAUGACCAGAAGUCGAUGCGGAAAACUGGAUCAGAUCUUCUGCCGUGGGACCGAACGCUACAUUGUAUCUAGAAGCCUGAGAUUAUUGCAACAUGCCACGGCGGACUGUACAAGAAGUAACUGUUCAAGACGUGCAAAAGAGAAGAAACCCCAACAAACACUAUGUUUACAUUAUCAAAGUGGCUUGGUCUGAUGGCAGCACUGAGAUCAUUUUCAGGCGCUACAGUAAAUUUUUCGACCUUCAGAUGGAGCUUCUGGAUAAAUUCCCUGUGGAAGGUGGACAGAAGGAUCCAAAACGCAGAAUCAUUCCCUUUUUACCAGGAAAGAUUCUCUUCAGAAGAAGCCACAUCAGAGACGUGGCCAUGAAACGCCUGAACCCCAUAAACGAGUACUGUAGGGCCCUGAUUCAGCUGCCAGUGUAUAUUUCUCAAUGCGAGGAGGUUCGUGUGUUCUUUGAGACGCGUCCUGAAGACUUGAACCCACCAAAAGAGGAACCCAGUGGAAAAAAGAAAUCAGGCAUUGUGGAGCGAGCGACUUCUUUCCUAAAGAGAGGAGGAGACUCUUCCUCAGCGGACCCGCUGCUGCUGGAGCAGUACGUGGCUGUCACCGACUACGAGCAGCAGGAGAGCUCUGAGAUCAGUCUGUACGUGGGGCAGGUGGUGGAGGUCAUCGAGAAGAACGAGUCUGGUUGGUGGUUUGUCAGCACUGAGGACGCUCAGGGUUGGGUACCAGCCACAUGUCUGGAGGCUCAGGAUGACCCUGAUGAUUUCUCACUCCCGGCAGAAGAAGAGGAAAAGUACACUGCGAUCUAUCCAUACUCUGCACGCGAUCAAGAUGAAAUAGAUUUGGAGAGAGGCAUGACUGUUGAGGUCAUUCAGAAAAACUUGGAAGGCUGGUGGAAGAUCAGAUACCAAGGAAAAGAGGGCUGGGCCCCGGCGUCCUAUCUGAAGAAGGCUGAUAUCCUCAGUCAGAAGAUGGCUGCUGGCGCUCCAGGUCAUGCCAGCACUAAUGACCUAGAUGUGGCUUUCAAACAGCAGAAUGCCAACAAGGAAAACAAGGAGAACCAGCGCGACCGAUUUUCACCAUUUUCAGAAAGCAAGCGCAAAGCAGGAGCGCGACAGAGACCUCCACCACGCCGGGAUCUUACAAUACCACGAGGAGUGAAUCUACCUAAACCUCCAGUGCCCCCACAAGUAGAGGAGGAGUAUUACACCAUAGCUGACUUUCAGACGACCAUCCCAGAUGGCAUUAGCUUCCAGGCAGGAGUGAAAGUUGAAGUCAUUGAGAAGAACUCUAGUGGCUGGUGGUACAUUCAGAUCGAUGAUAAAGAAGGCUGGGCUCCAGUCACAUUCAUUGAUAAAUACAAGAAAACCAACAAUGCCUCUAGGCCUAACUUUUUGGCCCCGGUUCCUGGUGAGAUGGGUCAACCGAAGCUUGAUGAUCCCUCAAGCAAUAAUGCCAACUCUGAGAAUUGUUGGUCCAAACCUCUACCAGACGAACCUUCAUCCAACUCUGAUUUCUCCACCCGUUCCAAGCUGAGAGAAUGGAAGCCCAAUGCAGUUAAAGGCAGCUCCCAUUUUUCAGUGCCCUUACCUCCUCCUCCAUCCUCACCCACGGCUGAAGAGAAGCCAGCUUUACCGCCAAGGAGAGAAUCCAUCAACAAGAGCCUGGAACUGGAGGACAAACCCAAAGCAGACCUUUCUAAACCUCUCCCACCCAAACCACCAGCCCCAGGGGUCAUCGUCCCAUUGGUGACUCCAAAAGCAGCUCCGCUCAAGCCAGACAAACCCCCAGAGAUAAAGAAGGAGGAGAAGAACAAGCAGCUCUACCUGCGCAAUGAGAUGGGCUUGGAGUGUGGCCACAACAUCUCAGCCAAGGAGGUGAAAAAGUUCAACCUUAAGCAUGUGGCAAAGCAGCCUCCCAAACCCAAAGCAGAUUUGCAAGAAGACAAGCCGGAUUCGGCCAGCCCAGCUCCGUUCCUCAAGCCGAAACCAGUGGUCAGACCAAAGCCCGCCCCUGCGGCCAAACCAGAGCCAGUGGCCAAGAAUGAGCUGGACAUCACAAACCUUCGGAGUAAGCUUCGUCCAUCUAAACCUCCAGAGCUCAGCAGCAACUCGAGUGAUCCCAAUCAGCAGAGUGAUACUCCCCCAAAUAAUGGCAGAACAAAUGAAGAGUCAAAAUCCCACAAUAAACAACAAAACGGCCAUGACCCAUCAGAACCAACUAAACCACCAACAACAACAGCACCAAAAGAGCCUCCCCAGAGGCCUUCUGUGGCACCUAGAAGACCUCCUCCACCAAAGAAGAGUUCUGAGCCAGCCAGUUCUACAGACACCAGAGCUCCCCAAAAAGACUUGCCAGAGGCCAAGCUGGCUGUCCCUCCUCAGAGCAGACCCCCGCCGCCCAAAACGAAACCAAAAGACAAGGAGAAGGAAGAACCCAAGGCCAAAGUACCUGUGCCACCAAAGCCCCUCAUUAAGACAGAAAAAGCAGGGCCUCCGAGAGACAAACUCCCACCUCUUAUCAAGGAUCCGGCUAAGGAGGAGCUGUUCUUAGCUGUGGCUGACUUUGAAGGAGACGAGCAGACACCUGGCUUUAAAGAGGGCGCUGUUUUCGAAGUUCUGGAGAGAAGUAGCGGCGGCUGGUGGUUUUGUAAAAAUGUGAGCGAUGGGCCAGUGAUGGAGGGCUGGUUCCCUUCCAAUUACCUGACCAAGAAACCUUAGGUACUCUUGACACAGCUGCUUAAAGAAAACUUAUUUAA